GCAAUAAGAAUAAAUCGCGCAGUUGAUGUUGAGGGAUUAUGCAUCGUUGCUAAUGAACUAGCAUGGUCGAUUCAUGUUGAUAUGCAUUUUCUUGAUAAUGAUGGAAAUAUCAUCGACGCUGCAUGCAUCGCUGCAAUAUCUGCCCUCUCUCAUUUUCGGAGGCCUGAUGUCACAGUUAUUGGAGAAGAUGUCACAAUACAUCCGGUUGAUCAAAGAAAUCCGGUUCCAUUGAGUAUCCAUCAUACGCCAAUUUGUGUUACUUUUGCAUUUUUUGAAAAUGGUGACUUGUGGGUGGUUGAUCCCUCUUUGAAAGAAGAGCAAAUUCGUAGAGGCGACAUGACAAUAGCAAUAAACAAUCAUAAAGAAAUUUGUGUUUUAUCAAAGGCUGGAGGAAUACCCUUAGAAAUGGGCACUAUCAUACAAUGUUCUAAGCUCGCGGCUAGUAAAGUAGAUUGGGUUAGAGAAAAAAUUCAAUCAGCAAUAGUCAAUGCAGCUGAAAUUGAGAUUUCGGCAUCAGUUUGGGAUUUUGGCACUAGUGGAUUU